UAGCGGAGCUGUCCGGAACAUCCGGCUGAGAGCCAGUCAACAUAAACAGCGAUGGCGGAGGCAGCAGAGGCAGCAGCAGCAGCAGCGGGUCAGAGCUCCACGGAGGGACAACCAGGGACACCAGGGACAGCAGGCUGGACAAAACACGUCUCCUGCAGAUAUUUCAUGCACGGUCUUUGCAAAGAAGGAGAGAACUGUCGAUAUUCUCACGAUCUGACCAACAGCCAACCUGCAGCCAUGAUUUGCAAGUUCUUCCAGAAGGGAAACUGUGUGUUUGGGGACCGGUGCAGGUUUGAACACUGUAAACCUGCAAAAAACGAGGAGGCACCGACCCCCCAGACGCUGCCGCUGCCCUCCGCCUCGCUGGCCGGCUCGUCAGACCCAGAAUCCAGUGGGCCAAUGCCUGGUUCAGGGGCUCAAGACUGGGUCAACGCUGCUGAGUUUGUUCCAGGACAGCCGUACUGUGGACGGGCUGAGCCGGUGAAGGGGGAGAGCUCCGUCCCUCUCAUCGAGGAGUUUGAUGGCGAGGCGUCGCAGGACAACAAAGAGCUGAGGAAGCAGCUCUGUCCGUACGCGGCCGUCGGAGAGUGUCGCUACGGGAUCAACUGUGCCUAUCUCCACGGCGACGUGUGCGACAUGUGCGGCCUCCAGGUGCUCCACCCCACCGACAACGGCCAGCGCUCCGAUCACACGAAGGCGUGCAUCGAGGCCCACGAGAAGGACAUGGAGAUUUCAUUCGCCAUCCAACGCAGCAAAGACAUGAUGUGCGGCGUGUGUAUGGAGGUGGUGUUUGAGAAGGCCAACCCGAGCGAGCGCCGUUUCGGCAUCCUCUCCAACUGCAGCCACUGCUACUGUCUAAAGUGCAUUCGCAAGUGGAGGAGUGCCAAGCAGUUUGAGAGCAAAAUCAUCAAGUCUUGCCCAGAGUGUCGAAUCACAUCCAACUUUGUCAUCCCCAGCGAGUACUGGGUGGAGGAUAAGGACGACAAGCAGAAACUCAUCCAGAAAUACAAGGAUGGCAUGGGGACUAAACCGUGUCGAUACUUCGACGAGGGCCGCGGAACGUGUCCUUUUGGCUCAAAUUGCUUCUACAAGCACGCCUUUCCUGACGGACGGCUGGAGGAAGCUCAACCUCAGCGAAGACAGACCGGAUCCAACAGCAGGAAUCGGAACUCGAGGCGAACACCGCUGUGGGACAUCUUCGACGAGCGGGAAAGCACCGACUCCUUCGACAACGAGGACGAGGAGAUGGUGACGUUUGAGCUGAGCGAGAUGCUCCUCAUGCUGCUCGCCGCGGGAACCGACGACGAGGUGACGGAUUCAGAGGAUGAAUGGGACUUGUUUCACGAGGAGCUGGACGAUUUCUAUGAGAUCUACCUAUAGCAGCCCCCCCCCCCCACCAACCUCCCUCCCCACCCCCCCAUGUAUACUAGACACUAGAAUGGACUGUCUUGUGCGAGUAAUGGACAGUAGCUUUUCCCUCCCACCCCCCCUGUAUUGUGGCAGUGCCUUUAAGCAGGCCAUUAAUAAAUGAACUUAUAAAAGAUUUAAAAAAACAACAAAAAAAUAAAGAAUCCAACAAGUCCGUGCGCUCGUGCUAAACAUUUUCUAGACAUCUAUCCUCGUGGGUCUAUCUUCGUGCGGUUCAUGUUAAAAAGGAAAAACGACAAAAAGAACUCGAUAUAAGAUUUAACAAAACUUUUUCUUCAAAAUAUUGCUAAUAAACAUUGUCAAGUUUAUUUUGUGGGUUGUGGGUUUGACUUGUUUAAUCAUCUACCCAGGUGUUAACUUCUGAGACUCUGAGGAUGCACUCGAACUUACUCGGCACCAUUUACUGUAACCGUGACGUUACGGGCAUGUUGUGAGAUUUUACAGACGCUUUUUGAACUCUUUUUUUUUUUUUCUUUAUUAAAGCUGCUGAUAUCCAAUAUAUUGUGCUGAUGUUUAAUACAUUAAUCAUGUUGUACUGAGAAGUAUUUACUGUGUCGCCCCUUUUACUCAGAGUUAAAACAAGACAAAUCAAAUCAAACAGUGAAACUCUUUAAAGCAAGGCGACCUCGAGCCCCGAUCCUGAAUAACCGUCUUCGUGACUCCGACGUUUCAGUCGCUGAGCAGCUCUUAAUAUUUGAUUAUCAAUCUACACUAAUUAUCGCCCACAGAGGAGCUGCUCAGUGCUGCCGCUGCUGGCUGGAAGCUCUACUACAGCUAUACUACUGAACAAAAUGGUACUCCCCUUCACGUAUCUUUCAGCCGUCAACGUCAGCGCUGAACAGUCGCUGAGUUACACUUCAUAAGCUGCUUAUUGACUCAAGCGUCCGGGUCACAAAGACACCGACCCUCAUGUUGUGUGAUUGGUCCUGGAUCCGGGCUCGAGGUAGACCUGCUAAGUGACCCCCCCUACCUUCCUCUCAUAAACACGCACCUGUUGAAGUAGUCUGGGAAACGUUCUGCCUUUUGAAUGAAUUUAUUGUGCAAUUAAAGUGAAAUGUUACGUGAGGUUUUCCAGAUAUACUUUGUUUUUUUUGUUUUUUUCUGUGAUCCAACUGUCAAAUCUUUCCCUCCUCUCCUCUCCACCACCCUGACCUGAAUCUCAGCAUCCAGGAACACCUGUGGUACCAUUAGAAAGGGCAAGUCCUUCCUCAGAACCAGGCUAAAAAAAAAAAAAAAGAGUCAACACUUGAACCUCUGCAGCAGACUUUAACAGAGCUGAGAGACUUUUUAAUUUCCCACCACGCCACAACAACACCAGUGUGAUGUGAAGUGUUCGUUCACUGCUCUCUGUCGCUGAUCCACAGAACUGCUGAUACAGCCGGUCUCAACCUGUUAAACUCCAUCGGAAUGCAUAUGUUUAUACUGAAAUGUGUGUUUUCUAUGUUCCACAGCCAUCCAUCUUAACUUGAAAUUAAAGUUUAUUAUCAAUCUC